AUGGCAACACAACGUGCUCGAGAUGCUGCACGACAUCUAAAAAAUGAUAUUAAAAGUAGUAUGCAUAAAUCAUCACGAUCAAAAGACCGAUCUACACAUACUACAUCAUCAGCAAUCACUAGUGAUACAAACAACGAUCAUACUGUAUCCAAUUCGGCAUUGCAUGCUCCUUCUGCUGGUUACAAACGAUCGAAUAGUGCACAUUCAGCAAUUGCAACAUUAACAUCAUUACCUACUGCACCUCGUGUAACAACUGAUAAUCCUAAUUCAAUAAGAGGACAAUAUAGUAAUCCUCCUAAUUUAUCACCAUUAAAAAACGCUCCAGUAUCAUCCAUGCAAAAUCUAACUAAUACAGCAAAUGUUAAUUCAAUUGGCACUGGUAUUGUACAACCCACUGCUCUUUCACAGCGACCAUUACAUAUGCAAUCAACAACACCAUCAGCUGCUAAUGGAAAAGAUGAAAUGCGUGGUUGGUUAUAUAAAUGGACGAAUUAUUUAAAAGGUUAUCAAAAACGUUGGUUUGUUUUACAAGCUGGUAUACUAUCCUAUUAUCGUUCUCAACAUGAAAUGACACAUACAUGUCGUGGUACAGUUUAUCUUGAAUCCGCACAUUUAUCAUCGAAUGAUACAUGUCAUUUUGUUAUAUCAAAUGGUUCAACUGUUAUACAUCUACGUACAUCAAGUGAAAAUGAUAAACAACGUUGGAUGAAUGCAUUACAAUCAGCUAAACAAAAAGCAUUAAAAGUACGUAAACAAUAUCAAGAUUCUGAUGAAGAAGUUUCAACAACAGAUGAAGUUAAUGAUUUACAACAACAAAAUUUAAUUCAACAACAAACAAAUAUCAAUGAUCAAAAUAAAUUAUUAAUCAAUACAAAUGAACGUGCUGAAUUAGCAACAAUGAAUAAAGCAUUUGAUUCAAAAUUAGAUGAUUUAAAAAUGUGUAUGGAUUUAAUAAAUCGUCAUUAUCAAGCACUUUAUCGUACACUUGGCGAUCUUGAACAACUUGAUAAAACAGAAGCAACAGUAAACAUAAUUAAAAGUGUUAAUGAACGUGCAACUUUAUUUCGUAUUACAUCAACAGCUAUGCUUAAUGCUUGUCAAGAACUUGUUCAAUUAAUACAAAAUCAAGGUCGUAAAUGGCAAAAAGCUGUUCAAUUUGAACGUGAUGCCCGUUUACGUAUGGAACGUAUGUGUGAACAAGUUGCAUUACAAAGUGCGAAAUUAGAAAAACAAGUUCAACGUGCAUCACGUUCAGAUAAAACAAGUCUACUUUCUGGUCGUUCAACAUUAACUACAUUGAAAUCAUCGGAUUUACGUGGAACAAAUGAAGCUAGUAAUUUAUCUGAUGAUGAAGAAUUUUAUGAUGCUAUUGAUGAUCCACAAACCAUUGGUGUUUUUCGUGUUCCACUUCAACAACAUUUAUCAAAUAAUGAUAAAAAAGAACCGAAUAUCGUUGAUGAUGAUGUUAGUUCAGGCAAUGAAGAUAGUGGAUCAGAAGAACAAGAUGAAAAUAAUUUACCAAUGGUUAUUGUCAAAGCAUCGAAAAAAGAAGAAGUAUCAAAUAAUGCUGCAAUUACAACUGAUACAAGUAGUCUUCAAUCAUUACAAAAACCUGUAAAUAACAAUCAACAAGUUGCUAUACCAAAACGUAAACGUCGUGAUCGUAUUCCUGAACGACCAAAUUAUAGUAUUAAUUUAUGGAGUAUCAUGAAGAAUUGUGUUGGAAAAGAUCUAUCAAAAAUUCCAAUACCUGUUAAUUUUAGUGAACCUAUAUCGAUGUUACAACGAAUAACAGAAGAACUUGAAUAUAGUUCUGUACUUGAUAUGGCUGCUAAAUCAAAUGAUAAUUGGGAACAAUUAGCAUAUGUUGCUGCAUUUACGAUUUCAUCUUAUUCGACAACAACAACAAGAGUUAAUAAACCAUUUAAUCCAUUACUUGGUGAAACAUAUGAAUGUGAUCGAACUGAUGAUUUAGGUUGGAGAUCAGUGGCUGAACAAGUUAGUCAUCAUCCACCAGCUUUAUCAACAUAUGCCGAAGGUCCAGGAUGGACAUUAUAUCAAGAAUUUACAAUGACAUCGAAAUUCCGUGGUCAAUAUUUAAGUAUAACGCCAUUAGGUCAUUCUCAUUUAAUAUUUAAGAAUACUGGUAAUCAUUUUACAUGGCGAAAAGUAACUACACUUGUUAAUAAUAUCAUUGUUGGUAAACUUUGGAUUGAUAAUGUUGGUGAAAUGGAUAUUAUUAAUCAUACAACUAAAGAUGUUUGUAAAUUGAAAUAUUAUCCUUAUAGUUACUUUUCGAAAGAUGUUCCACGUAAAGUAACUGGUGUUGUUACUGAUGUUAAUGGUCAAGCUCGAUGGGUAUUAACUGGUACAUGGACUGAGAAAAUCGAAGGUGGCCCAGUUGAAUCAGCAUCAGGUCAUCAUAAGCAUUCACAUAUGGAAACACGUAAUAUGAAAUUAUUAUGGCAACGUAAAAUGCCACCAGCAUAUCUUGAAACAAUGUAUAAUUUUACUCAACUUGCUAUUGAAUUAAAUGAAUUUGAACCUGAUGUUGCACCAACAGAUUCUCGUCGUCGUCCUGAUCAACGUUUAAUGGAAGAAGGACGUUGGGAUGAAGCAAAUUCCGAAAAAUUACGUCUUGAAGAAAAACAACGACAAACACGACGUGCAAAAGAAUCGGGUGGACAUGAUAAUUAUACAUCGAAAUGGUUUAAAAAACAACAAGAUACAUUAACUGAUUCCGAAAUACAUAUGUUUACAAAUGAAUAUUGGGAAUGUAAACAAAAACAAGAUUGGGCACGAUGUUACGAUUUUGGUCAACAGUAUUCUCGUAUCCGUAUAUUCGAAUAUGAAAGUUAUUCCGACGUUAAAUUUCUUAAGUUUAAUAUUCAAGGUCCAACAACAUUAGCUAAUUGGUCUUUAACUCUAUCCACCGAAGGAAAAUGUACGAAUUAUUUUGCAAAUAUUCAUUUUUAUCUCCAACAUGGUGCAUAUCCAUUAACAGCACCACGAAAUGAAUCACUUCCAGAAACAUAUAUACCUAAUCGUCAUAAUCUUUUUAAAUUAAUAUUUAAUACAACAUUAUUAAACCCAUUAAUUCAAUUAAAUAAUCCUCCUAUUGGAACAUGGUUUGCGAUGACAUUUAUUGAUCAUCCAACAUCAGAAAUUAAACCAAAAAUAACGACAGGAUGUAAUCUUUAUCUAUCGACUUGGCUUGAUUAUCAAGUAGUUCCUAGUAUUUUUACAUUAGUGUUUAAUGAACCACGUCAAGUUGUAUUAUCUGAUAAUAAAACAUCGAUUUAUGCAUCUUAUUAUACGUCAGUAGGAAAUUCUCGAUUAAGAAUUUCUUUUGAUUGGUCAAAUAAUUGUGAGAUUAUAUUUUUGGCACGAAUAAAUGCUCUUCCAAAUAUAUAUUUAUAUGAUUAUAAAUCAGUCUGUACAAAUAAAACAUGUUUAAUUGAAAUCGAUCAAUUAUCUGCAUCGAUAUCAAUUUAUUUUCAACUAACAGUUACGAAUGUCUCAUGUUUAAUAAAUCCUCUUCAUGGUGAAAUACUUAUUCGUUCAACUGAAUGUUUAUCUUCAUCAGAUAAUUUUUGUGUUCAACCUUAUCCAACACGACGAAUAAUGUUUAAUUAUUAUUAUGAUUUUUUAUAUGUACCUAUAUAUACAACAAAUCGUUUUAAUAGUCAUAGUACAAGUUCAAUAACAUUAAAUGGAAAUGAUGUAUCAAUGUAUGCAUAUGAAUUUAUUGUUGAUGAUAGAAAUAUAGGUGGAACAUUACAUUUUGAUUUUGAAUCUCGACUUAUGCCUUUUGUAUCGCCAGAUGUUAAUGUUAGUAUUCUUGGAUGUUUAUCAAAAUAUCAACCACGUCGUUUUGAUCAAUGUGAAUCGAAUUAUAAAAUAUUAAUUGAUAAAAAUUCGAUUUCAUUACGAUCAUUACCUUAUCCAGAAAUGGCAUUUUGGUAUUUAACAUUAGAAUUUUUUUGUAAUGGUUCAAAAAAUGAAUGUACAAAUGCUGCAGUAUCAUUAAUGUUUCAAAUUUCAUCAUCACAAUGUACAAAACAACAAUGUGGAACAUAUGGAAUCUGUCGAAUAAUGACAUCACAACAAAAUGUCUUUUCAACUUGUACAUGUAUUGCUGGUUAUCGUGGUUAUGGUUGUACAGAUAGUACUCAUGCGUAUACAUCAAAAAGUUUAACAAGUGUUCUUUUUCUAACGAUUAGUAAUUGUAUGUUUAUACCAGCGAUUAUAUUAGCAAUCUAUCGACGUUUAUAUAUUGAAGCACUUGUUUAUUUUUUCAAUAUGUUUUUUUCAACAUUUUAUCAUGCAUGUGAUCAAGAUAUAAAUAAAUUUUGUAUAUUUAAAUAUGAUGGAUUACAAUUAUCGGAUUUUAUUGGUUCAUAUGCAUCAUUUGUUAUCACAUUAAUUACUAUGGCUAUUAUUCCAAGAUCAUUUAAAGUAUUUUUAUUUAUGUUAGGUUUAUUAACAUGUAUUGUUAUUAAUUCACGUGAUCGUUUUGAUCAUUUACAAUUUAUUAGUUUAAUUAGUAUUACAUUUAUAUUUACUAUGUUAACAUGGAUUAUUGUUUCAAUAAGAUAUCGUCAUUUACGACCAUCAUCAAAACGUCUUCUAUUAGUUACCCCAGGUUUUUUACUAGCAAUAGCAGGACUUGUUUUAUUUGCAUUUUGUGAAACCGAAGAAAAUUAUUGGUAUAUACAUAGUUUAUGGCAUAUACUUAUUGCAACUUCGAUACUAUUCUUUCUUCCACAUAAACAUUUUUAUAAACGAGGACUUAUUGCACAACGAAAUGAAAAUGUUUCUGAACCAGUUGUGAAUAUAAGCACGGGCAGUACAGCACUUGCAACGCCAAUUGAUAAUACUUCUCUAUCAUCAUCGAAUACUGAUACAUCGAAAAAAUCUACUGACAAUCUUCUAAAUUAA